UACAUUCAUAUUCACCCUAUCGGCCUUUCCUCUGCAGUAUUGCCCCCACUCUCUCUCCUCUUUUCUACAAUGUAAUCUGAUUAUAACCGACAUCACAUCAUCAUCCAUCCCUCUUCCCUUCUUUAUUUCCAGUUUCCUCUCUCUUUCUGCGGAAGAACCGCGAAAGAGAACAUACAAUAAACUUUAGUAUACUCCUCCUUUUCCUUCAUUUCUAUCUUUUGAAAAAGUAAAAUCAUGAAGAACACUAAUUUGUUGCAUUUAGAAUCAUAUUUUAGGCAAAUUUAAAUCAUGGGUAUUUCUGGGGUUGUCUUGAAAUUGAUUGAUUGAUUGAAUUUUUUUCUUGAUUUUAAUUCUUGAUUUAAAGAAGAAUAUAUGAUGAGAUUCAUAAAAGAUGGGACAUGUUGGUUGUUGUGAGAAACAAGGGAAAAUGUCUGAAUUGGUAGCGCGCACUGGUAGACAUCAGCAACGCUAUGAAGAUGGCUGUCGCCUUGUUGCUGGGUGUGUCCCUUUUAGAUAUAGAAGUUGCAAUGAGAGUGAUGGAACAGAAUCUGAAAAGAUUGUGGAAGUGCUUAUGAUCAACUCAACUAGUGGCCCAGGUCUUCUCUUUCCUAAGGGUGGCUGGGAGAACGAUGAAACUGUUGAAGAGGCAGCGAGACGUGAAGCAAUAGAAGAGGCUGGCGUCAAAGGCGACCUAUUGGAUUGUAUAGGUUACUACGACUUUAAGAGCAAAACCCUGCAAGAUGAUUUUAGCCCAGAAGGUUUAUGCAAGGCUGCUAUGUUUGCCUUGCUUGUGAAGGAGGAGCUAGAGUAUUGGCCAGAGCAGAGUACUCGACAAAGGAGUUGGUUAACCAUACCUGAAGCAUUAGAUUGUUGCCGGCACCCAUGGAUGCGGCAAGCCCUUGAAGAAGGUUUCAUGAAGUGGCAUGCCACUAGGAUGUCAAGCACGGAGUAAGAGAAUGAUAUUGUUGAAGAGAAAGAAUUAUGUACCCCAAAUCAACCCUUUUCGCCUUCUUUGUUUCUUUCUUUGUUCCCCCAGUUUUGAGUUGAGAGAAGGUGGUAAAUGGUGUGCAUCUCUUAGAUGGUUUUUUAGAUUUCAUUCUUCGACAUGUUUUUCUUUUUUAUAGGCUCAACUGACCUCUUUAACAUGUUUUAAAUUACAGGGAAAAAGCAUUUGAGUUUCUCCCAACUGUUUUUCCAACUUUGUCUUCUGGGUUUCAAAUUCCAUAAUGAAAUUGUACAUUGUGAAAAGGACUACGGAGGUUUUAGACAACUUAUUGUUCUCCUUUAUUUGACUUUA